GGCUUAUUUGAUUGGUCGUCACAGCUGUCACUCUCGUUGAAUCCAGGAAGUGUUGAAUUGUAGGAUUCAGAAUGAAAAGCUUUCAAUAAAAGUCUGCAGAACAUUAUGGGUAACGCGGAGAGCGCAGUGGUGCAGAAGCGGCUGACCCGCUUUCGGCCCGAGGAGCGGCCUGUAAUCGAUGGCGUGUUCAACAAACUUGUAUCUGGUGGAGGGGGCGCCUCCGAAGCUCCAGGAAAAGCCAUCACGCUUCAAAUGCUUCAGUCCUCAAUGGGCAGCCUGACAUCGGACUCUUUGGUCAGACGGGUCUUUCACUGCCUGUGCAGCAUUGAUCCAGAACUGGCAGCACCUGCUUUUGGCAAAACCAACCAACAUCCGGCGCCCCAAGUGAACCGGGAGCAGCUGGUGAUCUUCCUUGCAGACGCCCUGCGAGGCACCGCAGAGGAGCGUGCUCCUCUCAUCCUGGUCAUGUCCCAGUACCCAUCAGGGACUGCUGCAGCUGUGACCUGUGAGCAGGUGGCUCAGUUCGUCCAAGACUUGAUUUCUGCUGUAGUUCAGAUUUUGAUCAAUAGAGGGCGUCUGGAUGGCUGGACACCCGAGAAGAUGGCCGAUUCUUCUGUGGGAGUUAAAGUCUUGGCAGAACAUUUGUGCUGUGAACUGAAACCUUCAGAUCAGGGUAGCUGUGAUGUUUCCUGUCUGGAGGACUGGAUCUUUAGAACCCCUCAGGUGUCUCUGUACUUGGAGAUGCUGGCCGACGAGGGCCUCAGCAUAUCUCUGAGUAGUUCUCCCCCUCCCAAACUCCUGCCCCCCUGCAGGGAGACGCCCUGGAAUCAGUUAAACUCCCUUCUGGACAUCCCCACCCUGAUGUUUCUGGCUCCACAGGUGCCUGAUGGCUACAGCGCCCCCUGGAGGCUUGCGUUUUCCACACAGGUGCACGGAGAGAGCUUCACCAGAAUGAUGGCCAGUCUGACCAGAGGGGGCCCGUCCCUGCUGCUCAUCAAAGACACCAAGGGCCACAUUUUUGGAGGCUUUGCAUCACACACCUGGGAGUUAAAGCCUCAAUUUCAGGGUGACUCCAGGUGCUUCUUGUUCUCUGUUUUCCCCACAAUGAGGGUUUACACAGCAACCGGAUACAACGAACACUUCAUGUACCUGAACCAGCACCAGCAGACCAUGCCUAAUGGACUGGGUAUGGGGGGUCAACAUGAAUACUUUGGUUUGUGGCUGGACAGUGAUUUUGGCCGCGGUCACAGCCGCGCACGGCCCAAGUGCACCACGUACGGCAGCCCUCAACUAUCGGGAGACGAGGACUUCACUCUGGACUCUGUGGAAGUGUGGCAUGUGGGAAAACCUCCAAAAUCAGAGGAGGAGGAAGAGGAGGAGGGUAAGAAGAGCAUCUUGUUCGUGGAUCCUGAAGUUCAAGCCUUAAUGGAGAUGACAGGGAAAACUCUGCACAGUGAGGGGCUCCGGGAGCCAGAGGAAGACUAGCUACACAAGCAAAAACAAAAGAAAAAAACACAAAUCUGACUAAGCUUUUCUCAGAUCCUCAGGUGGUGGAGUGUCAUCAAGUUCAGAUAUCAGCCCUUUUUCUGACUCUCAUUGAGCUUUGGAGCUUUUAAUUCACAAUCUUUUUAAAUCCUCUAUCAUCUCAGACAUGUUCAUGAGUGUCUGCGAUUCACAUAACUGCAAUUAAAAUGACCCAAAAAAUCCUGUGUGGCUCGAAUCAAAAGCAUGCAGACAGGUACAAUUUUCAUUAAAGCUUAAAAUGUAAAAGACCUCUGAUAUUUAUGUGUGGCAGUAAAUGUAUUUGAAGUCAUCUUUGAUCCAUAUGAAAAAUUAGAAACAAAAUGUGUUUAUUUUUUGUGAUUGUGAUUUGAAUCAUUUUUGUAUUUUCAUCACCAGAAGAAGCUGAUAGGAGGACUUCAGGGACUUGAACAUUCAGUUGCGGUUAAACAUCACGCACAUGAGGCAAAAACCUUUUCUGACUACCUCUUUUUACAGAAUGAUUGCAUGUUUAGAUUUUUAUCACCGUUCCUUUUUUUAUCAGAUUUAAAUCUGGAUGUUGAGCCAGACAUACUCGACAUAGUUUGAUAGUAAACUGUUGUGAACUCACUUCUUCUACUGAUAGAUGAGUGAGGAGUUUGAGCCUGAAUGGGACAAAAUGAUCUUUAACCUGGAUCAUCCCAGAAUUGUUGCAUUAAGGGCUCGCCGUUUGCUGCGCCGUCAGGCUACGACUCGCUGUUCUGCGUUAGCUUCCCUGCAGCCCCUUGACCUUUGCCGUCUGUGUGACAAACGCUGAAGCCAACAGGAUCUCUGCAGCAGUUCGUCGGUCAGACCGUCUGCUUCCUUUAUCAGGAAAUGCAUAAGUUAUUCAUCCUCAAGGUAGUGGAGCCCAAAAACAUCUUAGACAGGGUUGCUGCCAUCUUUGCGUGAUUAAUGUCAUUUUUAACCAAAGUCUGUGCACUAAAACCUUUGGAGCCUCUUCCCAUUUCAUCUGUGAUCAUCAGUGUUUGUGAAAAAAAGACUCAUCCCUUAGUGAAUCAUAGUCUUAAAAAGGUUUGUAGUUUUAGACAAGUUAAAAUGUGAAGGUAAAAUCUCUUUUUUCAAGAGAAACCAGGCCAAGAGGCAUCAGCUCACAUAAAAACAAAACAAUCAUGAAAAAAAAUGAAACUAAUUUAAGAAUAAGAUAAACUCUUCCAGUUACACCCAUUAUUCUUUCUACAUACAGGAAAGAAUUUAUCCUUUUAUGCAAUACUGAUACUAAUUCUUCUGUACCGAGGUAAAUAUUUACAUUUUUGUUUCUACAUAUUGAUGUUUGAAUUAAACUUAAGUCUGUUUUUAAGAACUCUAUUGAGUAGCCUGAUCAAAAGUAGUUAAAAUGACAAUUAAAUGAUUUAAUGAUUUAAUCAUGCAGGUUGAACCACUAAUAUUGAACUAAAAGACAUUUAAAAUGACAGUGAAUAUAAAUUGACGUGGAGUAAACAUGACUGUAGGAAGUCGAAGUUACUUUUAGGAGUAAAUCUAAAACUUUGAUUGGUUUUGUGUUCGUGUUAACAGUUUGUAUAAGCUUUUCACUAAAACUGUGUUUAUGGAAUGAAUUGUGCUUUUACCGUGUAUGUAUAGUGAAUAACAGGCUGUGCAUGUGUCCGUGUGUAGUGAACACUUCACUGCAGGGUGUUGCCUGAAAUAAAUCAAGAGUUUUGCUGAA